AUGCCUGCUCGCACCGCCGACCCCAGCGACGAUGCUCCCACCGCGAGACAAGUCGAGGCUUUGGGGCUCAAGGCCAAGACACCCAGACCUCCCGGCAGCCCUACCAAGAAAGAAGAGCGCACCAAGGCACAAGAUGUAGCGGAGCUGAAGGACUAUCAGCUGGGAGACUGCUUGGGUAAAGGCGCAUUUGGCUCCGUGUACCGUGCGUUGAACUGGGGCACCGGCGAGACGGUUGCGGUGAAGCAGAUCAAGUUGGCAGAUUUGCCAAAGAGCGAACUGAGAGUCAUCAUGCUGGAAAUCGACCUACUCAAGAACCUCGACCACCCCAAUAUCGUCAAGUACCAUGGCUCUGUCAAGACCCCAGACACUCUCAACAUCAUUUUGGAAUACUGCGAGAAUGGCUCACUACACUCCAUUUCGAAGAACUUUGGUCGCUUUCCGGAAAAUCUGGUGGGUCUGUACAUGUCACAAGUCCUUCAAGGGCUGGUCUAUCUGCACGAGCAGGGUGUCAUACAUCGAGAUAUCAAAGGGGCCAACAUCCUCACCACAAAGCAAGGCCUGGUCAAGCUGGCCGACUUCGGCGUUGCCAGUCGCACAACCGGGCUACAUGAGUCCAGCGUUGUCGGCACUCCCUACUGGAUGGCACCGGAGGUGAUUGAACUCACUGGUGCAACUACUGCGUCGGACAUAUGGAGUUUGGGGUGUACGGUGAUUGAACUGCUGGACGGCAAACCACCGUACCACACACUCCAGCCCAUGCCGGCUUUGUUUCGUAUAGUCAACGACGACCAUCCGCCGCUUCCCCAGGGCGCCUCACCAGGAGUGCUGGACUUCCUGAUGCAGUGUUUCCAGAAAGAUCCGAAUCUGCGGGUAUCGGCCAAAAAGCUGCUGAAACAUCCGUGGAUCGUGAAUGCGAGGAGGACUGGUUCAGACAAGCCAAAGAAUGCCACAGAAUAUACCGAGGCUGUCAAAAGUGUGCAGGAAUGGAACGAAGCCUUGAGAGAUUCCCCUAACAGCAACUCGAUACGCAAGAAUUCCAAUGCUUCAACCGCCAGUCCCAUUCCAGCACCGAAAGACCUCCUUCGACCGAUGAAGAACCAGGUCAAGUCACCUACGCCUGCGUUCAACCGAGAGGACACUACCAUGCGUUUCCGUUCGCUUGAGGACGACGACAAUUGGGACAACGAUUUUGUUACUGCUAUCUCACCAAGCACCUUUGAACUGCCGCAUCUGCGACCUCAUGAUAAUUUUGGGGGCAUGCUGUCGUCUGACAAGUUGAAGGCUUUCGCUUCCAUGGAGAAUGGUGCUGGGAAAGCAAACGAAAGUGUCUUUGAGGACAAGGACUCCACUUUGAAAGCGUCUUCGACGAUAGGGAGCGAGGGCUAUAGAACGGUACGACCAGCGCCGCAGAAAAGACCUGAAAAGGGCCAUGCCCGCCAUAGAUCUGAGGCGCCAAAGCCAAAGGCGAAGCCUUCCACGACACCGCGUAAGGCUUCAUUACCUUCCGCCCGUCCAACCACCAACUUCUCAAGAACCAAACUCCCUCCGCCGAAAUCCGUUGCGGAGGAGCUCCCUACUCGACGUUACAGAGAAGACUCGGUCGAGGAUUUCUCGGAUCUAAUCAACGGUAAUGAACUGACGCUUGAUACGAAACUGGGUAUGAUGCGCUUGCACAAUGAGGGCCCAUCGAAGAUUCUCAAUUCGCCAAGUGUGACAGAUUUGAUGCAAAGCAUGAGGCCGGCAAAUGCUGGCGGGAGCCUCAGACGGCCUUCGGCUCCUCGAAAUAAGUUGUCCAUGAGAAGGACUAGAUCUUCGAUUGAGAUACAACGUUUUGCCGAAAAUGAGGAGGAUGAAGACUUUUCGGAUGUCUUUGCUCAUACAAGCUCCGUCUUUCAGAAGCCCGACAGCGAGGACGGCUCCGAGCUGAUGCUGAACUCGAAAAUAUCGAAUCUAUCAUGGUUGCCCGACGCCGAAGACGAAGACGAUCCGUUCGCGCAGCUGGAAGAAGGCCUACCGGAAGUCGAUCUCGAAUCCAACAUAGCUCGGGACAAGCAUGCUCGUCUCCGAACAGACGUCGAGGCUCUGGUCGGUCAAUUGAAAGUCAUGCAAGAUGACGAUGCGCUAUUGCAAAUAUCUGAAGAUCUCAUGAAUUUCUUCGACCUUUUCCCAGACACGAAAAGUGUCAUUGUCAGUGCCCAUGGUGUACUUCCAAUCCUGGAGAUUCUCGAAGACUGCACGCGUCUGGAUGUCGUCCUCAAUCUCCUGAAAAUCGUCAAUGCACUCAUCUUCAACGACGAAGACGUUCAGGAAAAUUUGUGCUUUGUUGGGGGGAUUCCGAAAAUCAACAAAUUCGCCUCGAAGAAAUUCCCCAGGGAGAUAAGGCUUGAAGCUGCUGCUUUUGUCCGACAAAUGUACCAAACGUCCACCCUGAUUCUCCAGAUGUUCGUGAGUGCCGGGGGUCUAACAGUGCUGGUUGACUUUUUGGAAGAUGACUACGACGAUGACCGAGAGCUGGUCCUUAUCGGUGUCAACGGCAUAUGGAGCGUCUUCGAACUGCAAGGGUCAACUCCUAGAAACGACUUUUGUAGGAUCUUGUCCCGCAAUUCGGUUCUGGAACCGUUGUCUCUGGUCCUGAACAGGGUCUUGAUGGAGACAUCCGAAGCGGGCGAUCAGAAGGAACUGGCGGAUUUGUGUGAAGGUCGUAUAGCCAGCAUCUUUUUCGUCUUCUCGCAGGCCGAGAACUACGUGAAAGAGCUUGUCGCAGAACGCACGGUGCUCCAUCGAGUCCUGAAGAACCUCAAACGCAUGUCCCCGUCCCAUCAGGUCACGAUGUUGAAAUUCAUCAAGAAUUUGUCGAUGCUGUCCAACACCCUGGACGCUCUUCACAACUCGAAUGCAAUUGACGUCUUGUCCGAGUUGUUAAGCAACAAUAUGAACAAGUCACAUUUUAGGGAGAUGUCGAACCAGAUCUUGAACACGAUAUACAAUCUCUGCCGCCUCUCCAAACGACGGCAAGAAGACGCCGCAUUGGUGGGCAUCAUCCCUAUUCUGAUCAAAAUCGUCAAGCAAGAAAAGACACCGGUGAAGGAGUUUGCGUUACCUAUAUUGUGCGACAUGGCUCAUUCCACGCGAGCGGCUAGGCGAGAACUGUGGCAGAACAAGGGUCUUGCCUUUUAUGUCUCCCUGCUGUCCGAUCCAUACUGGCAGGUCACAGCACUCGAUGCCAUUUUCACGUGGCUGCAGGAAGAGACUGCCAGAGUCGAAGACCACUUGCUUGAGAACCAGAACUUUGCGACUGCCAUCAUUGCUGCCUUGACCAGUAGCAAAUCCACCUCUUUCGAAAACCUCUUGGAACCUUUGCAGAAACUGCUCCGGCUGUCACCGCCUCUUGCUGCUUCUAUGGCCAGAAGCCCUCCUCUGUUCGAAACAUUGGGACAGAAGUUAGACCACAACAAACCCGCCAUCCGUCUGAAUCUACUCCGCAUCAUCGGCAGUAUCUGUGACUCGACUGAAGAAGGGUGCUUCCUUCUAGACCAGUACGGUCUUUAUGACGUUGUCCGCGAGCUUUCAUACUCAGACUCAGCGGUGCUCGUCCGCAGCAUGGCAGGAGACCUCAUCCGAUCUUGCGACGAAAGUGAUAACGUUAGCAUCAAAAGUGGUCAGGGCGUGUCUGCGGUGCCCACGGGCGGUCGACGAAAACACCCAGGUUUCCAAAGACGAACUAGCUCUACAACUCCACCGCACCUCCUGGAGCGUCAGAUGAGUAUGCCGACAUCCCCACAGCUGGGCCGCUCCGAACGCGCAAGCAUGAACAUGUACGAUCCUCCAGUAGCCCAGACACCCCGGCGGCAACGCAAUGGUGUUUAUGUCAAUGGUACAAGUGUGAUAAGGCCAGCCAGUCGAGAUGGGUCGACAUACGUGCGCGAGAAUUCUCCUGCGUUUGCUAUGCCCAGCCUCACACGGGCCAACACUGCCAGCAGCGUUUCGGAAGUCAGUAUGAACAAGAGCCGCUUGCCGCGACAAUCAACGAUGGGCACUGGGAUCACAACUGGCCAGCAUCGCCUCUCUAGACAGAGUACACGGGAGAGCAUGGUGGGGUCAAUACGCAAUUCCACGUCGACGUCGACGUCGAGUUCUGCCGAGAAGGAAACGACUUCUCGCUCGCAUCACAGUAACAGCAGCGCAAACGCGACACCCGUCACUCUAACGCCAGUUGCUGAAGCUAGGAUGCGAAGAGAGGCACGCCACGCGCAUUCGAAUAGCCUGAACAGUGCGAGUAAUGGGAACAAUGGUAUUGUUCGGUCCGGUCAGAGACAACAAGGUACGGGGACUGUGGCCGGUCAAGGGCAGGUAGAAGUCACCAUAAACCGAAGAACGACGACGAGACGACAGAACACAAGUGACGACCGAUGGGGAUAG